AUGGCGUCCGUCAGCAGAGUAGCGAGGCGACUCUUCGUCCUAAAGAUCCUCCUCUUCAUCGCUUCUCUCCCAGCAUGCACUGGGCUUCCUGGAGUGAUCAUCUCUUCUUCUUCUGCGAACGCGGUGCUGCGGCGCGGCCGUAGAGCGAACUCCUUCCUGUUUGAGGAGCUGAGGAGAGGAGACGUGGAGCGGGAGUGUCAGGAGGAGAAAUGCUCCUACGAGGAGGCGCGAGAGAUCUUCCCGUUGCCGCAGCAACUGGAAACCUUCUGGAGGAGUUACACAGCGGUGAACCACUGCCUGUCGUCUCCCUGCAAGAACGGGGCGACCUGUACUCGCCACGGUGACACCUACGCCUGCCAAUGUCCGCCAGGAUUCCACGGACACAACUGUGACAAAGCCCGUGUGACCUCCAGAAGCUGCUACUUCAACAACGGAGAAUGUGAACAUUUCUGCAGACAUGUCCCGGAGCCGGUCUGUUUCUGCGCGCCGGGAUACCGCCUGCAUCGGGACGGCCACACCUGCACGCCACAUGUUGCCGUGGCCUGUGGAAGACUUCAGACGCACUUUGCCCCGAGGGUUAUUAAUGGGCAGAUCUGCCCCAAAGGACACUGCCCAUGGCAGGCUAUGCUAACCGAACACGGGGACUUCUCGUGCGGGGCGAUCGUGCUGUCCCGGCGCUGGGUGCUGACUGCGGCCCACUGCGUCUGGGGGAAACCUGCCUCCAUCUUCAACGUCACCGUCGGUGAACAUGACCUGCAGGUCCCCGAGGGCACCGAGCAGCAGCGCGCCGUGGUUAAAGUCCUGGUCCACCCCGGCUACAACAAGUCGAGCCACGACAGCGACGUGGCGGUGCUGCGGCUGCAGCGCCCGGUCAAGCUGGGCCUCUUCGUGGUCCCGGUCUGCCUGCCGGCGCGCAACAGCACCUUCAGCCACACGCUCGGCGCCGUGCGCCACUCCACCGUGUCCGGCUGGGGCCGCCUGGCGCAGUUCGGCGCCACCGCCAGCGUGCUGCAGCGCCUGACCCUGCCGCGCGUCUCGCUGCAGGAGUGCCGACAGCACACCAGGCUCAACAUCACCAGGAACAUGUUCUGUGCCGGGCUGAAGGCGGGCGGCCGAGACGCCUGUAAGGGCGACAGCGGCGGGCCCAUGGUGACCCACUACAAGAAGACCUGGUUCCUGACGGUGGUGAGCUGGGGCAAGGACUGCGCCAAGGAGAACCUGUACCGGGUCUACGCCAAAGUCAGCCGCUUCGUAGACUGGAUCCAGGCCGCCAUGGCCAACAACUGAACCCACACCGGACAAAACUAAAAUGUCAAAAUAAAUCCCUCUUCACAAGUUUAAUAAAUAAUCUGUUCACUACUUUCA